CAUGGAGUCUACCGUUCGCGCGUCGUCCGUUCAAACGUCAAACCUUCCCGCCAAAAAUGAACAAUACUUUUUAAGCGCGGACCACAGACUAAAAUCAAAUCGAAAAUCAAGAAUAACAAAAGUUACAAGUGCUUGAAAAUAUUUUUCGUGAUAUUUUUAAUUAGUUUUUAUUUAUCCGAAUAUUAUUUGUGAUUUUAAGUUAUAAAAUGAAUGUGUUAUUAUUGUUAUUGAUUAUUGGCUGUGUUGAGAAAUGUUAUGCCGAUGAUAGGUCACCAAAGAUAUCCCUUACACCCAGGCUCCCAUUUAAACUGACGACUGCCGCUGAUGGAUUUUUAACCUCCCUGUUUGAAUAUCUCAACUCCUACUACCUAGUUGAGAAGCCACCCCGAGCGCCGCUAAAGGUCUAUUGGAACGUUCCAACUAAACAAUGUAAAUCAAAGAAGAUACUAUUUGAUGAUUUAUUUAAAAAAUACGGCAUCAUUCAAAACACUCAGGACACUUUUCCCGGAGACAAGAUGUCGAUUCUUUACGACCCUGGAUUGUUCCCAGCGCUUUUGUCGAAUGGCAAAAGUAAUUUUGCCGUACGGAACGGCGGUGUACCGCAAGAAGGAGACCUGAAAUUACAUUUGAAUGAGUUUAAAAAGCGGAUGGACGAGAGUAUUGACAAAGAUUUUAAUGGAGUAGGCGUGAUAGACUUCGAGUCCUGGCGGCCGAUACUGCGUCAGAAUUUCGGCAAUCUUGCGCCGUACAAGAACUUCUCAUAUGACAUCGAAAGGGACAACCACCCCUGGUGGUUCGAGAAAACAAUUAAGGCUGAGGCAAAACGACGCUUCGAAACAGCCGGCAAACAAUUCAUGCAGCAAACACUGGAGUUAGCGAAGCAAUUACGACCAAACGCCUUGUGGGGCUACUACGCGUACCCCUACUGCUUCAACAUGGGGAGAGAUAUGCAGGAAAGAUGUUCCAACGUCGUUCAAAAGGAGAAUGACGAGAUCUCCUGGCUAUGGAAGCAAUCAACAGCAUUGUUCCCUUCCGUGUACAGCAGCAAGACCUUCACAACAAGCCAGGUGGUCUCCAUGAUUAGGGGCCGGGUGGCUGAAGCCGCCAGGAUCAGAACCGGAGAUCAACCCAUAUUGCCUUAUUUUUGGUAUCGAUAUCGGGAUGGAGAAUAUUUGAAGGAGGUAGAUCUACGGGCAGCGCUCAAAACAUUCUACAAUUCAGAAGCUUCAGGUUUUAUCAUCUGGGGAAGCUCUGACGACGUCAAAACGGUCGAUAAAUGCAAAAACCUUUUGCACUAUAUUGACACUAUUUUUGGACCAGCUAUCGCAAAAUACACCAAGAAAAUUGAUAAUGUAAGCCCAAGUACAGAUAAUAAUUCGAAUAAUGAAAUUAACAUUUCCACGACUCGUACACAAGAAGUUCACAAUAAUAAUUUCGGAAAUGGAGUAGCAAAAGACAAUAAAACUACGAUCGAUGAUGAUAGGCAUCAUAUUGAAGUCAUAAAAGCAUUAGAUAUGAGACCAGAGAUCGCCGAUGAAUUGAAUCAUACUUUAUGGAGAAAUGUCAAUAUGACUGUAUUAGACGCUAUAGUGCAGACAUGGUUACUUAAUUUAGACAACAAAGAUCCUAACAAGUUUGUCAAAACAAAAAAUAUGACUAUUACAAAACAUAUGUCAAGUGGUACUUCAAAUGAUGCUUUUAAUGUUACUUAUACAAAUGUUAGUAUUUACGCCACUGAAAAUCCUAUUAAUAAUAAAGUUACAAAAGAUAUUACUAAAAUCAAUACUUUAACGGAAUCUCCGAUUAGGGAAGACGAGUCAAUAAGCUUAGAUAGAGAAGUAACACCUAGAAAAAACCUGAAUAUUACUUACAUAAGUAAAAAUUUAAAGAAAGGACUCCCUAAAUUGAAUUUAUCAGAAAUUUCAAAAGAUAGGGAAUCAGGUGAAGAUUUUCCUGUAAAACUUAAUACUACACAAACAUUCAAUUCUAAAAAUAAAAAGAAAGGAUUACCAAAAUCAAAUCCUACGCCAGUAACUAAUAUAGUUCUUCCAAGCGCUACAACUGCUUUUACAAAUGAAGCCGAGAUAGUAACAACCACAGAAAUGUCGACUGAAGGCAAUCUGAGUAAGGAGGAAAAAAAAGGAAGAUUAAAAUUUGAGGAUUUAGAAUCCACCGAUGUAAGUCAAGUUUCGGAAGAAACGUACGUCGAACCGUCAGACGAUUUAAAAAGUUACGAUAAUAAAUAUUUGAAGAACGGACUGAUGGCACUUCAACCAAAAUCAGAAAUAGUACACAACUUUCUAGAUCUCAGUAAGGAGGGAUUAAAUCAAGAUUCAAAAAAAUAUAUAAAAAAAGGACUAUCGAAAUCGUAUUCUAUACGCCGCCACGAAACGGCAACAGGAAAAGCAGAACUAGAUAUUGCUUAUGAAGGGGAACCAACGGAACAGUAUGCUAUACAUGUCACAACUGAAAACGUAACAAUAAACACAGAAGAAAAUGUAACAGUAACGACAGAAGAAAUUACGAAUUCAACUGUACAGCUGUAUACAGGAAUAACUAGGGACGAAGUCACACAAAGUGAUGAUAUUGAGUCUAGAACAUUAACCAAUAUAGCAAAGAGUUUAAUAUUAACGACAGAUAAAGUGGAACUUUUACAAGUUGCAAAAAAAGGUGUGGAGAGAAGUGUAGACGAUGCAGAAGAAAAAUCAGAAGAUAGUCUUGAUUCGGAAAAAGAACAGGUGUCCAGAUCGCAGUCUCUUCGGCCACGAUAUAUGUUCUGUUUCAUAUUCUACUUUUAUUCUUUUUCCAAAUGUUUGUGUGACACUUUUGGAGUUUGCCUUAAUAUAUAACGCUAGGUGGGUUACUAAGGGAACAUCAUUGCAAGAGGCGCCACUAUCCGUACUUGUCAGACAGUUUUAAUUAAUGUAAUACGAUUGGCCUGUUUUGAAUUAUGCUUUUCAAUUUCACGUGAUAAUAACGCCAAGUGAUUGGUAGUACAUAGUAAGCUGAUUAGUAAAUUAAUUAAUUUCAAGUUCUACUCGAACUUCGCGUUAAUUGAAAACUGGUGUUCAUUCUCACAUUGAAGCAGCCAACAAGUUUAAUUAGCCGUUCAAAUACAUUUAAAAAGCGGCGCCAUUUAACAAACCACCUGCCCAAUAUUUAGCCAAUACAACAGACCUAUGUCUAUAUCGUUCAAAAACCACCUUUGAUUCUCCCAUCUUAACGAAUUAUUUUGCUUCUUUAAAUUUUGUGACCAUAUCAUAUCGUUUUAAUAUGAUCGUUUUUGAAAUGAAAAACACAAUAUGGCGUACCCUCUGAAAAGUCAGAGGUUUUUUACAUAAACCCAGGCUGUUCAAGGCGUUCACAAUCACUCACAUAAUCGAAUAAUAUCAAACAUGAACCCACCGUCUAUUAGGUUAGUGUCCAAGUUCUUCAGCCGGCCAUCCAUACCAGAGCAAGCCGGUGUUAUAAAAGGUUUUUUUUCACCACUUUACAUAGAUAUAUCUUAGUAGGAUAUUUGACUCGACAUACAAAUAUAUACUGAGGCCGAAUCCUUAGCUAGUUUUUAAUUAUAUGCAUUAGUAUCAGAGAUGGUUGACGAUGACUCCAUCGACAAAAGCCCAGAUCCUAAAUAAGAAAAAAGUAACAGAUAUAUUAUUAAUGGGUAAAGCUAGUAGUGGACAGAUGUUCCAUCUUUAAAAAAAAGGUCAUAAUCAUGUAACUUGUACGGUAUCAUACAGAUAAGACGUCAUAAAUAAGAUGCGUCUAUUUCAAAGUCCUGAUUUCUAAAUCCUUAACAUCAACUUCCAUAAAUUCUCAUAUUUUAUUUUUCUAAGAAUUGUGUUUUUAUAAUUUACCAUUCAUUUUUUUAAUGUUGAUUUUUCAAUAUUUGUUAUAGGUCAAAUACCCUAUUAUAGUAUUCGUAUUAUAUCCAUGUUAAUGUCUAUUCGGUAUUGAACAGUCUUUAUGGUGACUAACAAAAUAUUUUAUCUGUGAUAUUAAUUAAAAAAAUAUAUUAAGUUGUUGUAAAUAUUAUCACUGCUAUGUAACUAAC